AGUCCCUCGCGCUUACAGUGGAGGAAUCGAACGUCCCCGAGCGCACACCAAUCUCCACGAGCGGAAGGGAAUAACGCUGUCUAUUUUUUUGUCCUCCGCCACCGCUCAAACAGCACUAACACAGCGAGCCUGCAACAAUUCGGGAAACGGGGGACAUUCCAGAGUAUUGUUCACACGAGGAGCGGAGGAAAAGCGAGGGAUCGGGAGCCGCAAGUUUUUUUUUCUUCCCCCUUUCUCUCUUUUCUUCCUUUCACCCCCUCACCCACUCCCGAAAAGAAGGAUUCUGUGCUCGGCGGUGCUUCGUGUUCCGCUCUCCUCGCCGCAAAGAUGAUGGUCGGAGAGGUCGAAGUGAAGGAGCGACCGAGGCCGAGUCCCGACUAUUUAAUGCAAUUGUUGAACGAGAAGAAGCUCAUGACCAGUUUGCCCAAUCUCUGCGGCAUCUUCACGCACCUUGAGCGGCUUCUCGAUGAAGAGAUCAACAGAGUGCGCAAACACAUGUACAGCGACACAGUCAAUGGCCUUGUGGACAGACGCCCCCUGGAGCUGCCUGAGCCUGUGGGACCCAUGGUCUACCUGCAGGAAAAACUGUUUGUGCCUGUCAAAGACUAUCCAGACUAUAACUUUGUGGGUAGAAUCCUCGGCCCGCGGGGACUCACGGCCAAACAGUUGGAAGCAGAAACGGGAUGUAAAAUCAUGGUGCGAGGCAAGAGCUCUAUGAGAGACAAAAAAAAGGAGGAGCAGAACAAAGGCAAGCCAAAUUGGGAGCACCUCAAUGAAGACCUUCACGUCCUGAUCGCCGUUGAAGACACGCAGACCAGAGCCGAGAUCAAGAUGAGGAGAGCCGUGGAGGAGGUGAAGAAGCUUCUCGUACCAGCUGCGGAGGGCGAAGACAAUUUGAAAAAGGUCCAGCUGAUGGAAUUGGCCAUUCUCAACGGGACAUACCGAGACAACAACAUCAAAGCGCCCACCCUUGCGUUCUCUCUUGCAGCGGCGGCGGCGGCCGCUCAGGGACCCCGCCUCAUAGCGGCACCCACAGGUCAGGUGUUGCCGCCCCAAGCGCUCCGGCCCCCGACUCCGGCCGGGGCCCCGCUCAUGAACCUCAUCCGGCCCACUCAAAUGGCCGCCAUGCUGCCCAACGGCACCCCCACUCUGGUGCCGCCCACGCCGGAUGCCGGGCUCAUCUACACCACACCUUACGAUUACCCCUACGCCCUGGCGCCCACCUCCCUGCUGGAGUACCCCAUCGAGCACAGUGGGGUUCUAGGUAAGCGGGCCUGGGGGAGCAUGGGCGCGGCGGCCCUCUUUGGCCAGCCCGGACAGGAGGGCAGCUUGUUUUACCCCGGUCUCGGGGUGCUGGACACGGCUUCCAUGAGCCUCAGUCAGGACUUUAUGAAAGGUGCAAUGGCUACUAAAGUGAGACGGCAUGACACGCGGGUCCAUCCUUACCAAAGGAUUGUGACCGCUGACAGAGCCGCCACCGGCAACUAACAUGAACCUUCUGACCUCUGAACUCUUCACCCAAUGACGAGCCGCCCCCCAGCCUGCCUGCUGAUCAGUUAACUGGUAAUUUGCCUUUUUGCUAGCCACUCUCUCUCUUUCCCAGUGACUAAAGAGAGAGAGAAAGAAAGAGAAGGGAGGCGCCAACCCUAACACGCCAACAAAAACGUCACGCCCACAUGAAGUUGUGUGCUCCUCGUUUUUUUUUUUUUUUCCUUCUGUUCAUUGAGUUCCGUUCCCAUUCUUUCUCUUUCUUUUUCUCCACCAGUCACGCGCCGCGGGUGGGAUGUUUGUGGUGUUAAUCAUACAUGUGCACUGAUGUUAAAUAGCAAUAAGAUGCCAACCAGAGAACCCACCCGCUACCCCCCCCCCCCCACACACACACACUAUUUUGUCACACCUGGAUGCCAACCAUUUGGUUUUAGAAUGCCAAUGCCCCUCCAAAAAUAAAAAUAAAACAAAGAAAUGUGGUGGGGUGGUGUCCCAAGUAUCAACCCCCCCCUCCCCCUAAAAAAAGAAAAAGAAACAGAAGGAAAGAGAACAUCAACACUCACCUUAACUUUGUUGAAAUUGUCAUCCCGAUUUGUAAUUAUGACACAUUCUGGGUGUGCUGCCCUUUUUCACUCUCGCCCAGCCCAACAAAAAAAGCUUUUCUGUCUUGAUUUGUUUUCAAACCCGCAUGGCUGUAACGAUUGCAAACAAUAAUGCGCUUUUUUGUUUCAUUAGUUUUGUGUUUUAUGUUUUUUGGGGGUGACAAUUUGUAUGUUUUUGUUUGUUUUUGUGUUAUAUUCAGUUGACACUUUUUGUUGUUGUUGUUGGACUAAAUUGACAAAGAAAGACGCAGGCUGCUAAAGCUAACGCCGGCCGGGGAUGGGCCAAACUUGGGAUGAAGGGUUUACGUAUGCGUGUGUGCUUUUUUUCUCUUUUGUUAUUUUGAAUUUUCAAUGUUAUGGUUGUGUUUCUUGACAUACUACAUUGAAAGUAGGGUGUUUAGGAGGCUUUGCCAUCCCCACUACAUCCAUGUUACAGUGCCUGAUGCAUUUAGAACAAACUAGAUCUCAAUGAGUUCGCUGAGCUGUGAUCAAAAAGACAAAAAAAAAAAAAGUAUUACGUGUGAAUAUUUAGCCAAAGGUUUUGUUUUGUUUUCCCGAUGAUUUUAGUACAAUUAUGAUGAGCUAUCUGCCAUUGUGCAUCUGCAUCACACAGAGGGCUGUUUUUAAAGUUUGGAAAGGUGUGAAUUUUUUUUGUGGUGCCUGCCUUGAAAGCCAGUCAGUUAGCAUUUUUAUUUUGUUUUACUUACAUUUGUUUUGGGUUUUUUUGGUUGAAUUUUUUUUUAUUCCUGAGGAGGAAAAAACAAAAACACCAAAACGACUCCUUGGAUUAGCAUCGAAAUGAAGGGUCCCUCCCACCUUUUUCCAAUUGUCGUUUUUAAUUCAAUACUUGGCCAUUUUUUGUGUCAGGCCAACGUGCGAGCGCAUCCACAAUGUGUCACAUCUCGUAUCUUCUGAGAUCCUUUUGUUGAACUCUCUCAAGAACAAAAAAAAAAAAACUAAAUAGGAUGUGAAAGCCAUGCCUGCCUGUUCAAAUUGCUUUAUACAUACAGUACGUCUUAUAUACAUAUACAUAAAUAUAUAUAUAUCAAAAUGUACAUAACGCCAUUGCAUAUAUAAAUACAUACACAGAAGCGAACAAAAAAAAACAAUUGAUAAUUUUACAGUACAGGGUGCUGGAGUAGAGGAAAAAAAGGAAUUCUAUUUUUGCCAAUUUUAGCUUUUGAUACUUUGCAGAUACAAACAUCUGAUUUAAAAAAAAAAGACAAUAAAACAAACAAAAAAAAAAGAACUAGUGGGUGAGGAGGUGCUGUUGGCCUGGACGUAACUGGAAAAAAAGAGUUUAUUUUAAAAAAAUCAAAUAAAAAAUGCAGCAAGGAAUCAAAUAAAAGCAAAAAGUGCCUUAUCAAGAGUGGUGUUUUUCCGAGAAGCGUAAAAAAACAAAAAGAAAUGCCAGCACCCACCCAAGAUGGCGCAGAGCGGAGCGUGGCGUCGGCAGCCCGCAUUAACUCUAUGCAACCCGAAUUAGCUGACUCAGCUAAAUAUGUGCCAUGAUUUUGUUUUGGGGUUUUUUUUGGUCUUCCUACGAUUUCUUUUUUCUUUUUACUCGACAGCCCUUUACUCUGCUGUGUGAGCAGGCUUUGAUCUCCUUGAUUUUUUUUUUUUUUUUUUUGGAGAAUCGUAUGAAUUUUUAAAUUUAGAUUUUUAGUCUUUUGUUUUUUUGAGCGUGUGUGAGCGUGCCGUACUUCCUCGUCGGAUUAAACGGCACUGCCGAUAGUAGCAAUGCAGUCGGAUGCAUCAUGAGCUGAGAAAAAUACAUUUAGGAUUUGUUCAAGUUCAACCGCGUUGGUUUCAACAACCGCAAUUUGGCGACAAAUAACCACCGUUGCGACGUUUGGAUAAAAGAACCAAAUUGUUGAAAACUGAUUUUUACCGAUUCCGUUCAUGGCUUUCUCAUCGAGCUGAAAAGGUCAAUGAAAUUCUUGUUUUGUUUUCAGUGUUACUCUCAUUAUUCUUGCUCUUAUUUGUAGGAAGAAAAAAUUGAAAUGCAAUAUAAGUGGAAAUGGCUGUACAGCAUUCGACAGUAUUAUGAGAAGUUCCCCCUGCGAUGUUACGCGUUACGUUGUGUGGCUUGGGUAACAUCCAUCAGGUGAUGAAAAGGUUGGGGGAGGUGGGGG